CGCACCGUAACCACCCCCCCCCCCUGGGCAUAGACCGGACACAAGCUCCUCCUUUGGGUUGAAGCAACCGAAAUCUUCUGCUCAGUGCUAUCGAGCUGCGACAGGUAGCAUUGGGGGCCGUUGAAGAGGAAAAAAAAGAGGUGCGAAGAAUCGAGCAAAUAACACUUUGCAAUUAAUAUGUCGAUAGUAGAUAGGAAUUGCCGUGGUGUUGCAUUGCAGAUGUCUUCCCACCCCUCAGUCCCACAGUCACAGUCCCAUCCCGCGCCGCUCAUAUCCGGUUUUGUCGCCCACAUCACGACGCAAAAAAAAACCUGUUCGAUGGUAACAUUUCUCGGCCUCGGUGAUCUGCAAACUACGUUUUUGGCAGCAACUGUGGGAUUCCCACUGUUUAUUUUCCCGCCCGCCGUCCCCUUUUUCUCCUCCCCCAGACGGACAGCGCCGCGAGGUGGUUUACGGAGGUUACAGGCUAAGAGAGCGAGAUGCACCGGCCGGUCCACCGAUCAUCGCCAACAGAGUUGUAUCCGUAAGCCUAAGAAAAUUUGCACACCCCCCGGGAGCUCCGCAAAACAGACUUCCAGCUUGUCCCGCUGGCGCCUCUGCGCUGGCCCGGCGCCGUUCGCCGAGGACGGAAACGAUGCGCGGACGAUUCUUCAAGCCAAUGCCGCGGGGUGCGCCGGAUCGUCCCCAAGUUCCCUAACACAGAGACACAGACAACAGAGACAAAGAAGUCAACGGCCGCUUGAAGGAUUUCUUGGGGUAUCUGAAAGGACCGCAUAGAUGCUAGCCGUACUUUUUCGAGAUAAGGUUGAUAGAGUAGCUGAAUUCGCCAUCUACCAUCCCGCCAUAGUCUUGGACCCGUCCUACACUAAUUGGAUUCGGCCUAGACGGUUUAGAAAUCCUU